CCAUUUCCGGAAAGUUGGAGUGCAGGCUAAUAGCAUGCACCCUCUUUUUACUUUCAAGCAAAUACGGCUGCCACUGCUUCACAUUUACAGAGAUAUAAAUUUUCUUUUUCUUUUUUGAAUUUCUUGAUGAUGAUAGAUGGAGAUCAGUGGUUUCAAUGAAAAGUCGAAUGAAUAAUAGCUACAAGACCACCACCACACUCAUGCUUUUCUUCGCGUGCUUUGAUGCAUAAAAGCUUUCGGUUUUUGCCGUGUCAAUAAAAAGCUCUCCUUUUCUGCCCCCACAACUUUAAAAAACUCUAUCUAGUCUAGUGAAUACCUUUUUGCUGCUGUCUUCCUUGAUUUUGGAUUAUCAAGGACUCCCCACAAGAAGGUGUUUGUUUCUAUCUUUUGCCCAAUUGGAUUGGUCGUUUUAGUGAAUUUAAGAUUCCUUGACAUGGGCUGGUCUUAAAAGUUUAGCUUCUUUUGGAGGAACACAGGCUUGUGAUUUUAAUGCUGUACUUUUUUGUUGUUUGAUGGGGUUCCUGUAAUCAAGGGGUUUGAGUUGUUGAGGUAAAGAUGGAAUUUUUCUAUUGAGGUGCUCUGGCUGUGUGGUAGACAGUACUUACCAACACAAAGAGAAGCAGAAGAUGGGUUCUGCUGAAGAGAAAAUCAAAACAGGAGGGAUUAUUAAUGGAGCUCAAACAAAUCUGCUCGAGGAAAUGAAGUUGUUGAAAGAAUUUCAAGACCAGUCUGGGACACGGAAGGCAAUAAACUCGGAGCUGUGGUACGCUUGUGCAGGCCCGCUAGUUUCCUUGCCCCAGGUUGGAAGUCUGGUGUAUUAUUUCCCUCAAGGACACAGUGAGCAGGUGGCCGUUUCCACUAAGAGAUCAGCUACUUCACAGAUCCCCAACUACCCAAAUCUCCCUUCUCAGUUACUGUGCCAAGUUCACAAUGUUACCCUUCAUGCAGACAAAGAUACAGAUGAAAUCCAUGCUCAAAUGAGUCUUCAACCAGUGAACUCUGAAAAAGACGUCUUCCCUGUACCAGAUUUUGGGCUAAAGCCCAGCAAGCAUCCGAGUGAAUUUUUCUGCAAAGCUUUGACCGCUAGUGAUACAAGUACACAUGGUGGGUUCUCAGUGCCACGCAGGGCAGCAGAAAAGCUCUUCCCUCCAUUGGACUACUCAAUGCAACCACCAUCUCAGGAGCUUGUUGUCAGGGACUUGCAUGAUAAUACCUGGACAUUUCGCCAUAUAUACCGCGGGCAGCCAAAGCGACACCUUCUUACAACUGGGUGGAGCUUAUUUGUCGGUUCAAAAAGGCUUAAAGCAGGUGAUUCUGUUCUGUUUAUCAGGAAUGAAAAGUCCCACUUGAUGGUGGGUGUGAGGCAUGCAAACCGUCAACAAACAACAUUACCAUCAUCAGUUCUAUCUGCUGAUAGCAUGCACAUUGGUGUCCUUGCUGCUGCAGCUCAUGCUGCUGGCAAUCGAAGCCCAUUCACCAUUUUUUACAAUCCAAGGGCAUGCCCUUCAGACUUUGUCAUUCCAUUGAUUAAAUUCCGGAAAACUGUAUUUGGGACUCAAGUCUCAGUUGGUAUGAGAUUUGGAAUGAUGUUUGAGACAGAAGAGUCUGGAAAACGCAGAUAUAUGGGCACAAUAGUUGGUAUUAGUGACUUAGAUCCACUGAGGUGGCCUGGUUCCAAGUGGCGGAAUCUUCAGGUAGAGUGGGAUGAGCCUGGGUGUUCUGAUAAGCAGAAUAGGGUUAGUUCAUGGGAAAUUGAGACUCCUGAAAGUCUCUUUAUUUUUCCCUCUCUGACUUCUGGUCUCAAACGACCCUUGCAGUCUGGAUUUUUAGGAGAUACUGAAUGGGGGGGUUUGGUAAAAAAGCCUCUUGCAUUGCUUCCAGGGAGUGGAAAUGCAAGUCUUCCAUGUGCUUCAAUGUCAAACAUAUAUUCUGAACAACUGAUUAACAUGCUAAUGAAACCUCAAGCUGUUAACUAUCCUGGAAUCUGUGGAACUGCACUACCAGAAGUAUCUGCUGUGAAGGUGGCUUCAUUAGAUGUUAAUAACAUGCAGGCAGCAAUUAAUCAGACGCCUCAGCUAAACCAGUCAGGAAUUACGCCCAUAGAAAACCAAAACUAUUCCCAGAUCUGUCUAGACCAAUCCAAUGCCAUGAACUCAUCUUCAUCAAAAGCAAAUGUAGCUGGGAAGUCACUUUCUUUGAGCAAAGUUGAAAAUCAAGCGUCAGUUGGAGUUGUUGAUGGGAAAUUCAAAGCAAAACCUGAGCAUUUGCCAGAUCAGUUAAGCCAACCAGCCUCAACAAGAGAGUGCAUUGUGCAAAAACCAAUCUCGUGUCCUAUGACUCAGCAGAAUGCCACAAAUCAUCUGGUGUUCCAAAAUCAGAAUCAGGGCCAGUCACAAUUACAAGCCAGCCUCUGGCCAGUGCAGGCACUUACAGAGUCAUCGCUACUUAAUUCCCAGCAGAUCCGUGCAUCUCUAGCUGAUGCCACUACACCAAACUGUUCUCUUCCAUUUCUAGAUGCAGGCGAAUGGAUAUCACAUCCAAUGUCUAUUGACAGUAUGUAUAGAUCAGGACCGUUGUCUAUGUUUGGAUUACAAGAUCCCUCUUUACCUUUUAUGCAUCAAGAUGCGUGGGAUCAUCAGAUGAGCAAUUUGAGAAUUUUAUCCGAAGCAAACCAAUUGAUUCCUUUGGCUCAGCAAGAGCCAUGUAGCUUCAACUCAGGUGCAGUGAAGGAUUCAUCUGACGAGAGCAAUGAUCAAAGUGGAAUAUAUGGUUCUCUUAACAUUGAUGCUAGCAAUGGUGGUGGUUCUGUGUAUGAUCGGUCUGUCUCAAGUGCUAUUCUAGAUGAGUUCUGCACAUUAAAGGAUGCUGAUUUGCAGAAUGCUUCAGAUUGUCUAGUUGGCAACCUCAGCUCAAGCCAGGAUGUUCAGUCUCAGAUUACCUCAGCAAGCCUAGCAGAUUCCCAAGCUUUCUCACGGCAAGACUUUCCUGACAACUCAGGUGGCACAUCUUCAAGCAACAUUGAAUUUGAUAAUAGCAAUCUGCUCCAGAAUAACUCAUGGCAGCAAGUAGCCCCACGUGUGCGCACAUAUACCAAGGUUCAGAAGACAGGGUCUGUUGGGAGGUCAAUUGAUGUCUCAAGUUUCAAAAAUUAUGAAGAACUAUGCUCCGCUAUUGAAUGCAUGUUUGGACUUGAUGGGCUGCUAAAUAACCCUAAAGGUUCUGGGUGGAAAUUAGUAUAUGUGGACUACGAGAAUGAUGUUCUACUCAUAGGUGAUGAUCCUUGGGAGGAAUUCGUUGGCUGUGUUCGCUGCAUUAGGAUUCUGUCACCUUCAGAAGUUCAGCAGAUGAGUGAGGAGGGAAUGAAGCUUCUCAACAGCGCCAACAUCCAAGGCAUCAAUGCCCCCAUCACAGAGGGUAUCCAUGCUUGAUAAAACUUCUUCAGCCAAGUCAUGCCCCCUCGCAACUAAAUGGACGUUUUCCCACCUGGUGGAGAAGAACGUUAUCGGAAUGGUUCCUCCCCUGUUCAAACCUAAAGCAAGCUUUCCCGGCGAACUUAUUUCAUAUCUCACCCUAGCGGUGAGGGUGAGUCAUGUGGGCACAUCCAAUUCAGCCUCCACUUUGUCAAGGUCUAUCCUGAUAUAUGAUUAGAUAUGUAUGUUAGUUGAACUUAUUAUAAUUAAUGGGAUGAUGGAUUAUACAUUCUUCUACAGAAGCCUAAGACAUUACUACUAGCUUAUAAUAUAUUAACAUGGUAAUUAAGAGA